AUGACGAGCAAUCAACAUGAACGAUCUUCAGAUGAUGCCUCCAAGUCCUACUACAACCUCGGAUCAUAUCACCGACGCGUGAGCACCGCUAAUCAUCAAGCUCAGCUAUGGUUCGACCGCGGGCUUAUCUGGACAUACGGUUUCAACCAUGAAGAAGCGGUCCAUUGUUUCGAACAAUCCAUCGCAAUUGACCCCAAGUGUGCCAUGUCAUACUGGGGCCUCGCUUACGCCCUCGGCCCAAACUACAACAAACCAUGGGAGGUUUUCGAUAAGCAGGAGCUCGAAUCGACAGUGCAGCGAACUUGCAGGGCCGCAGAGGAUGCUAAGGCCAAUGCAAAAACAGCGUCGCCGGUAGAGGCGGCUCUGAUCGACGCCUUGCAGUAUCGGUACCCGCAUGACCGGCCGGCGGGGGACUGCUCAUCCUGGAACCAGGGCUACGCCGAUGCCAUGGAAGUGGUAUAUAAACAGUAUCCAGAGGACCUAGACGUCGCGGUGCUGUAUGCAGACGCCUUGAUGAAUCUUACGCCGUGGGCGCUCUGGGAUAUAAAGACUGGGCAGCCCGCGCCGGACGCGCGUACGUUAGACAUAAAAACUGUCCUCGACCGUGCGCUGGCACAGAAGGGAGGGCUCUCUCAUCCGGGACUGCUGCAUCUGUACAUCCAUUUGAUGGAGAUGUCAGGGUCCCCGGAGAGCGCAUUGACGGCUGCUGACCAUCUGCGGGGUCUGGUACCUGACGCAGGGCAUCUGAAUCAUAUGCCUACGCAUUUGGACAUUCUCUGUGGCGAUUAUCGCCGAGCAGUGGCCUCCAACUCGGAAGCUAUCCGUGCAGACGAGAAAUUCCUCGCUCGUGCAGGGCCCGUCAACUUCUAUACCCUCUAUCGGUCUCAUGAUUAUCAUUUCCGUAUCUACGCGGCCAUGUUCGCUGGACAGUCAAGGGUAGCCUUGGACACGGCAGCUGAGCUGGAGGCCUCCAUUCCCGAAGAGCUUUUACGGAUCGAAUCUCCCCCGAUGGCAGACUGGCUCGAGGGCUUCCUCGCGGUGAAAGUGCACGUGCUUAUCCGGUUCGGGCGCUGGGAGGAUAUCCUCGCUCUGGAACUGCCACAGGACCAGACUCUCUACUGCGUGACUACGGCAAUGAUCCUCUACGCCAAAGGCGUAGCAUAUGCUGCUCUCGGACAAGUAGACGAGGCAGACAAGGAGCGGGCAAUAUUCCACAAAGCUCUCGGCCGCGUCCCUCCCAGCCGGGCACUGUUCAACAACACCUGCCGUGAUAUUCUGGCCAUUGCAGAUGCCAUGCUCGACGGGGAGAUCGAAUACCGCCGGGGGAAUAUCGACGCCGCCUUCAAGCACCUGCAACGGUCCAUUGCGCUGGAUGAUAGCCUUCCCUAUGACGAGCCAUGGGGCUGGAUGCAGCCCACCCGGCAUGCCUAUGGUGCUCUCCUGCUCGAGCAGGGCCAGGUAGAGAAGGCUGCGGAAGUGUACGGUGCCGAUCUGGGGAUGGACGAUACUCUGCCGCGGGCCCUGCAGCAUCCGAACAAUGUGUGGUCGUUACAUGGGUAUCACGAGUGUCUGACGAGGCUGGGACGGUCGGCAGAGGCACGGAUCAUCCAGCAGCAGUUGACACUCGCUGCAGCGACAGCAGACGUGCCGAUUCGGUCUUCGUGCUUCUGCCGACUGGAGAGCUGUACAUAG